AUGAGGCAAGGUGAUCAGUCACCUCUGAAAUGUGCCUCGAGUCACCGGUGUGCACAGGAACCAUUGACAUUCUGGGAUGUGACCAUUGAUUUCUCUCAAGAGGAAUGGGAAUGUCUGGACCCAGCUCAGCAGAAAUUAUACAGAGAUGUGAUGUUGGAGAACUACAGAAACCUGAUCUUUCUGGCCAUUCCUAGUCACCUUUAUGGACCAAAUGAAAGAUCCAUGGAAUCUAAAAAGACAAGUUAA